AUGAAAAUUUUAAUAGUAAAUGGGUAUGGGAAAUGUAUCAAAGGAUUUAGGAGUUAAGAACAUUACAAACAAAUUAUUAAAGAAGUACUCAUCCAAAUUUAAUAUAGGUGUUAACAGGUAAGAAAGAGAUGAUCGAUACAGAAUUAGAAUUCUUCUUUGCUGAUCGAGACUCAAUAGAUGACUUUCUUUAUGAAAUAGACAGUUCUUUUGUGAGAGUUGAAUGUGGAAAGAUGUUCGAUUCUAUCGAUUUAAUCUUUUUUGAAGGAGAUGCAAAUCUUAGACCUUGGUCUCCUAAUGCAUACAAGUUCUUGAUUUUAUUAAGGAUGUGUAUGAGAAGCAAUAAGAUUCUAUUUGCCUCAUCAUUUGCCAUGUAAGGCUUAGUCUUUUUGAUUGCAUCUAAUGUUGAAUGUGUACAAACUUACACUUACUUUAGUAAUUCUCAGUGAU